AUGGCGGAGGAAGAAACGACAGAUUCACGAAUUAAUGAAAACAACGACAAUAUCUUUGAGAUCUUGCAGAAACAAACUUCUAUGCGUAUGACAUUGGACGCAUUUGAUGACCAACUUAGUGAAAAUGGCAAUGACAUAUUGUUUAAUUUAAAACGGGAUCAAAAAGGUUACAGGAAUCUGCCGGGGUUGCAAAUUACACAUGCUGCACAUGUUGCGAAGGAAGAUAAAAAUAAACAAUCUGACUCUCCAGUGGCAUCUUCACCCUCAGAUUCAAAACGCUUGAAAAUAGCGACCAUUCCAACAACACAUAUUCCGGAUCCGUGUGUCAGUCCCGAUACUGGGAAAAGAAGGCGAAUUCAGCAUGAUUAUCGUAGACUGUCAAAUUCUGGAUAUUUAGAUGAUUAUGUUGGUAGUGAAAGACGUUUUUCAUCAACAAGUGAUUCAUCAGAAAUAAGUGGUUCGCCAUCACCCCCAAAGCAAAAACCAUUGCAGAAACCAUCAAAUGGAAUGAAUGGAACGACGAAAGUGGCUCCAUCCCCAUCUAAGCAUGACCGACAGCUGCCUGAUUGUGACAACAGGAGCGUGGACAGUCAUAAUGGCAUGAGGUCAAGUCCAGAAAAACUCCUGAAGUUGAACAUUGGUAAUCAUCAUGGUUCAAGGGAGGGGGAAGUGUCCAGCGAUCAGAAAGAGCGCCGGCACCAUCACCAUCACCACCACUCAGAGCACCAUCACAAACAUGCACACCAUAAACACAAGCAUCGUCAUCACAAGGAGCAACGUCAGACUACACCAACAAAGACGCCAUUAGUCACUCUGAAUGGCAAACAGGAAUACCAUGUCAUCCCACAACAGACAGGUCUCACACUUAAAAUCUCAGGGAAGAAACGUAUCGUCAAUAACUGUGGGGUGCAGGUCAACCUCCGCCGCAGGACAGAGAACAAAGGUGUGCAGGUACCGUCGGGGAGUGGUUCCUCAGGUGGAAAGGAUGUACAAAUGGCUACAUCGGGGAAUUUCUCCCCCAAAAAAGGGCUAUCCAAGGUGUCCCGUGGGACCCAGACCGAUAAAAAGUCGAGCAAAUACAACACGGAAAGUGCUAGUAAUAGGACCAGUGGUCACACCAAGGUGGAAACUGACACUAAGCCUUUGAGUGCUAUUGAUGUCAUGAAAAAUGUUAAAACAGAACGUUUUAAUGACAUAAACUUACAAAAUGGACAGAACUUGGUUGAUGACACUUUGCCUUUUUCAAAUUCUAAAUAUAAAAAGUUUAUGCACAUAGAAAAAUAUUCUAAUGGUGGAGCACUUGUGUUACAUGUGUAUGAAGAAGAGAUCUCGCAUCUAUCCCACGAAGAGCGUGUUGAAUUAGCAAAGGACUAUUUUGAUUUUGUUUAUGGUGAAAGCCCUGAAGGUGUAUCAAAUUGUGUGAUGGGUAUUGUUCAUGGCGCUGUUGCUUCCCAACCUGACUACAUAGACUAUUUUGCAGAGAAUCAUCCAAACAUGACUGUCAAGGCAGGUAUUUUAGGCAAAUCAGACAUUGAGAGUUUGUCAAUGGUCAAGUACAGGGAACAGGUGAUGAAAUCGUACCAGAAUGGUACAUUCCGAACAGGGCCAUUGUUACAGAUAAGUUUAGUAGGGACAGUGCACGAGGAAGUAGGGGACUAUUUUCCUGAGUUUUUAGAUUCAAUGGAGGAGAAUGAGUUUCUGAAAGCAGUAAUGCCUUGGGGUGAGAGAUCGCUGGUACAGCUGAGUAGGAACCUGAGCAAUGAUGGCCCUAUUUUGUGGGCACGUCCUGGAGAACAGAUGGUGCCCACUGCUGAUAUGCCAAAGUCCCCCUAUAAACGGAAACGUGGUAUGAAUGAGCUGAAGAAUCUGUCAUACCUACCGCGUGCAUCAGAACCUAGGGAAGUUUUGGUGGAGGACAGAACCCGCUGUCAUGCUGACCAUGUGGGUCAAGGGUUUGACCGAAUGACCACAGCAGCUGUAGGAGUUCUUAAAGCUGUCAAAUAUGGAGAGGAUAGCAAUAUUGAAGGCCGUGUUGUUAAGGAUGUGAUUUGUUUCCAUCCUGGAGAUUUUCUAGAAUUGGUUGACAAACUUCAUCUAGAUCUCCAUGAACCUCCAGUCUCACAGUGUGUUACAUGGUUAGAGGAUGCCAAACUGAAUCAGCUGCAUAGAGAAGGCAUUAGAUUUGCACGCAUUCAGUUACGGGACAACGAUAUCUACUUCAUCCCACGCAACGUAAUUCAUCAGUUCAAAACUGUCUCGGCUGUCACCAGUAUUGCCUGGCAUGUCCGACUAGCCCAGUAUUAUCCCCCAGAACCUGAGGAGAAUACAAAUAUAGACAAUCUAUCAACAGAGGAGAAAGAUGCUUUGCCCUCUUCAAAGGAUCCAGAAGCUGAGGUGAAGGAUUUGACAAGUCCAAUGACAAUUGAUACAGCACAAGGAGAGGAGAAAACGUCUGGAAAAUCUGUUCCUGUAGCAGUGCCUCCUAUAGACUCUGCCAUUAAUGAGGAAAACAGCGAGGAAAAGUCCUCAAUUCAUUCAUCACAAAAAGUCACAUUUCUUCCAGAUAUGAAGGAAAAGCUCACAACAAUUGCCACAAAAGUUGUUUCAUCAUCUGUGAAAGUAGGGGGAAAGGACAGAAAUUCAUCAAUUUCUUCUUCACCCAAACACCAUUCUGUGAAAGUUGAAAAGAAGGAAAAGUCAUCGUCAUAUUCAACCAAGUUCGGAGUCUCCCCCAUGAAAACCAGUAACAAAAAGGAUCAGGUGGCAGCUCCUUCUCACAAACCAACAUUAAAGUUGGAAAAGCAAGAGAGAGCUGAGGCCAUUUCUAAAGCCAUGAGUGCUGCACAAAUGAAAGUAGAAGGGCAAGAUGGCCAUCGUAAGGAUGAAGAAAAAAAAUCUAAAAAGGUUCAUCAUAAGGAUGCAGAAAAAAAGUCUAGAAUUAGUCAUCUCAAGGACACGGAGAAAAAAUCGAAAAACAUUGUUAGGGAAAUAGAGAAAAAGCCUUGUGUGCAAAAAGAGACCAUUAUCACAAUGGACAGUUCUCGUGUUGCUGAGGUUCAGAGCUCCACUUCCAAAUUCCAGUCCAAUAGUGAUGUUCAAAGUAGCAAGGACACUACCUCGAUGGAGAACUGUAUUCCUGAAGUAGUGAUUUCAAGGGACACAACUCCACAGCACAAAGACACUGCAGAAAAUCCAAAGGCAUCAGACACUGAUAACAGUUGUGCAAAAGAGGAAGUCGCCAUGGAUAUUUCAUAGCAAAUAAUUCCAUCCUGCAAUAUUUAAUAUAUAUGAAACCUGAUACAAAUCUUCCUCAAGAUGCAACUCCUGAACUUUGGAAGUGUCAUAUGUGCAAAACUGUUGUUGAAAAUUGAUAUUUGUUUAUUUGUCAUAGAUUUAUGAUAGACUCUUUACAGCACUUAUGAUCAUGGUCUCUCAUUAGGGAGUCCACAUGAGUAUAUUGUAGUUUAACUUAGAGACAUUUAUAAAAAGAGUAAAUUGUGACCUGCAUUUUUUUAAGAGCAUUUAAAUGAUGAUGUUAAUUGUAUUUAUUAGUUCUGACAUCAAAACACUUCACAAUUCAGUCUUAAAGCGUAUUUUCUGUAUAUAUCAGUUGGUGUCACUAGGGCUGUAUAUUGGAGGCUUGAUGGGGUGAUAAGUUGCCAUAUUAUACUUGUAAUAAGCCUAUGGUCUCUAAUUAGUAAACCUGUAAUUAAGGACAGGUAAAGAAAAUCUUAGCAAUAGGUACCCAUCUUUAGCUCACUUCCUUUCUUGUCACUGGCAAAUUUUGAAGUAAAUCGUAAAGAACUACUUUAA